CCCAGCAGAGGGGCUGCGCCGCUCCUCCUCCCCCUCCCGCUCCCCUGCCGCGCGGGGCUCCGGCUGCCUCUCGCCCAACUUCAGUCCUCCCGCCUCGCCUCUGCCGGCUCGCCGGGCGCCGCGCCGCUCCCCUCGGCUGCGCUCCUCUCCUGCGGGCCGAAGGCGCAUCGCUCGGGCGGCGGGAAGAUGGCUGCUGGCUGGCUGCUCUUCGUGAGCCUCACUCUUUUCCACUCGCUGGUGGUCAACCUCUCCGCCGAAGGGCCCUUCCCCUCGGCCGCCACGAUCAAGCUGUGGGUGGAUAAGAUGCAGGAAGAUCUCGUAAAGCUAGCGAGUACGGCAAGCGGGGUGGACAAACUCGCGGAAAUAUACUUGAGAAACCCGAGUUUAUAUACUGUGGAAGCCAAUAACGCAGCACGGCUGGUUCAAGUUGCAGCCCGCGAUAUUGAAAAACUCUUGAGCAACAGAUCAAAAGCCCUGGUGCGCCUUGCAGAAGCAGCGGAGAGAUUUCAGAAAGAGCAUCAAUGGCAGGAUGAAUUUGCGGCUGGUGACAUUGUCUACUACAACGCAAAAGAUGAUCUCAAUGAUCCUGGAAGAAAUGAGAGUGAAACCAGCAGUCAGAGAAUCAAACCAGUGUUUGAAGAGGAUCCUAUUUUUGGCCGGCAAACAUCCUAUCAGAAUGCAGCGGUCCACAUACCAACAGAUAUAUAUGAAGGCUCUACCAUAGUAUUGAACGAACUGAACUGGACAGGCGCCCUAGACGACGUUUUCAGAAAGAAUAGAGAAGAAGAUCAAACAUUGCUGUGGCAAGUUUUUGGCAGCGCAACGGGCCUUGCCAGAUAUUACCCAGCUUCCCCAUGGGUAGACAAAAGUCGAACCCAGAACAAGAUCGAUCUGUAUGACGUCCGUAGAAGACCAUGGUACAUCCAAGGAGCUGCAUCUCCCAAAGAUAUGCUCAUUCUAGUAGAUGCGAGCGGCAGCGUCAGUGGAUUGACGCUGAAGCUGAUCCGGACGUCUGUCAUUGAGAUGCUAGAAACCUUGUCCGAUGACGAUUUUGUGAAUGUCGUUUCAUUCAAUGAAAAUGCUCAGAAUGUCAGUUGCUUCAACCACCUUGUGCAAGCUAACGUGAGGAACAAAAAGAAGUUGAAAGAAGCCGUCUAUAAAAUCUCCGCCAAAGGAAUCACCGAUUAUAAGAAAGGCUUCAGCUAUGCCUUUGAACAGCUGCUAAAUCACAGCCACAGUGUUUACAGAGCUAAUUGCAACAAGAUUAUAAUGUUAUUUACCGACGGCGGUGAAGAAAGAGCCCAGGAGAUUUUCAACAAAUACAACAAGGAAAAAAAAGUUCGUGUCUUUACAUUUUCUGUUGGUCAACAUAAUUAUGACAAGGGACCCAUACAAUGGAUGGCCUGUCAAAAUAAAGGUUACUAUUAUGAAAUUCCUUCCAUUGGUGCUAUAAGAAUCAACACACAGGAAUACUUGGAUGUUUUGGGAAGACCAAUGGUUUUGGCUGGGCAGCAAGCCAAGCAAGUGCAGUGGACCAAUGUCUAUUUAGAUGCACUGGAACUUGGCUUGGUCAUUUCUGGAACUCUGCCUGUCUUCAAUUUAACAAAAGAUCAAAGUGGAAAUCAGAACCAGUUGAUACUUGGCGUAAUGGGAGUGGAUGUUUCGCUCGAAGAAAUUAAAAAGCUGACCCCACGGUUUACACUGUGUCCAAACGGUUAUUACUUUGCCAUUGACCCGAACGGUUAUGUGUUGCUCCAUCCAAAUCUUCAGCCAAAGCACAUUGGUGUGGGCAUACCCAAAAUUAAUUUGAGAAAAAGGAGACCCUAUGUCCAGAAUCCAAAAUCUCAGGAGCCAGUGACACUGGAUUUUCUGGAUGCAGAGCUAGAAAAUGACAUCAAAGUUCAGAUUCGGAAAAAAAUGAUAGAUGGAGAAAGUGGAGAUAGAACCUUUAGAACACUGAUCAAGUCUCAAGAUGAGCGCUACAUUGACAAAGGAAGCAGAACAUAUACAUGGACCGCUGUGAAUGGGACCGAUUACAGUUUGGCCUUGGUGUUACCACCUUACAGCUUUUACUACAUAAAAGCCACCAUUGACGAGGCGCUCAUUCAGGCGAAGUUUACUGAAACUCUGAAGCUAGAUCGUUUUGAUGAGUUCGGCUACACGUUUUUAGCACCAAGAGAUUACUGUACUCCUGUAAAAAUAACUGACAAUAAUACCGAAUUUCUUCUAAAUUUCAAUGAAUUUAUUGAUCGACAUACACCCAAAAGCCCUUCAUGCAAUGAUAUGGUUAUGAGAGUUUUACUAGAUGCUGGAUUCACAAACGAACUUGUUCAGGAACAUUGGAGCAAGCAGGACCCUGAAGGAAUUACAGCACGGUUUGUAGCCACCGAUGGCGGGAUCACCAGAGUGUAUCCACGAAGCGCAGGCUACUAUUGGACAGAAAAUCCGGAAACAUACGAGGUCAGCUUCUAUAAAAGGAGCUUAGAUAAUGAAAACUAUGUCUUCACAGCUCCUUUCUUCAACAGAAGUAGUGAAGAAGAUGGCAUUAUGGUAAGCAAAGCUGUGAAAAUAACCGUCGGUGGAAAACUUCUGAAGCCUGCAGUUGUUGGAGUAAAAAUUAACAUAUCCAGCUGGAUGGAAAACUUCACCAGAACCACAACCAAGAACCAGUGCAAAGGCGAACUGUGCGGAUGCGAAAAGAACAGCAAGCAUGUUGACUGCGUUAUUCUUGACGAUGGAGGUUUUCUUUUGAUGUCGAAUCGGGAUGAAUAUAUACAAGAGAUUGGGAAAUUCUUUGGUGAAAUUGACCCUGGCCUCAUGCGGAAUCUCAUCAAUAUGUCCUUGUAUGCUUUUAACAAGUCUUAUGACUAUCAAUCGGUGUGUGACCCAGAAGAAGAACCUAGGCAAGGCGCUGGUCUCCGCUCUGCAUAUGUGCCUACAGUAGCCGAUAUUUUACACCUAGGGUGGUGGGCCUCUGCAGCUGCUUGGUCUAUCUUGCAGCAGCUGUUUUUGGGCCUGACAUUUCCACGUUUCCUUGGUGCCGUGGAAGUCGAGGAGGAAGACUUCACGGCCAUCCCAUCAAAACAGAGCUGCAUUACAGUCCAGACUCAGUACUUCUUUGAGAACGAAGAUAAAUCGUUUAGUGGCAUCCUAGACUGCGUGAACUGUUCUAGACUUUUUCAUGCUGAAAAAAUUUCCAAUACAAACUUAGUGUUUAUAAUCAGCGACAGCAAACAGAUGUGCCGUUACUGCGACGCCAAACCGCUCAUGCAAGCAGAAAAGCCGGAUGAAGGGCCUAACCCCUGUGAAAUGGUUCAGCAGCCAAGAUACAGGAAAGGUCCCGAUGUCUGCUUUGACAAUGACGAUGAGGAGGAUUCAAGAGACUGUGGUGGGGUCUCUGGACUCAGCCCGUCACUAUGGUCUAUGGUAGGAAUCCAGCUGAUGCUGCUCUGGCUGUUAUCUGGCAGCAGACAUUGCCAGUUAUGACCCUGUCUAAACCAAAACCUGCAUAACAAACCGAGAUCCUGCCAAAAUGUUAGGCUCCCUGGCCACUUCACGUGGGAAAGGAGGCCUGUCUGCUCGGACUGCAGAUGAGUGGCAGUGCCUGUUUCUUGGUCUCUUCUUUGGAGAAGACUCUGGAGGCACCCACCGUGACUGCAUGUUGGCGUGUCAGAUCUGUAGACGUGUGUGAAUGCCACAUCAUCGAAGUCAUCGGAACUGAAUUCUGUGUGUGCUGCUUUAUUGAGGAAAUGCAUUUCCCCCCCGCCAUGAUUUAGAAGACUUUUAUGUCAAGGGCUCCCCUUUAAAGGUUUUUUUUUUUACACAUGAUUUCUGUUUAUUUGAUCUUAGCUUUGAAUCAGUUGCACUCUUUAUUCUUUAAAAUCAAUACUUUGUAAGGAUUGGGGGGAACCCUGCCAUUUACUUCCUUAUUUAGAAUACUGCCAUUUUUAAUGUCUGUUUCCACGUCGCUUGUAUCCAAGUUGCAGAAUAGAAUGGUUUCAUUGACUGGGAAUACUGGCUAGCCACCUACAGAGGCUCCACAAUAACUUAAAAUGCCUUAUGAGAAUGGUAUUUUUUCUGCCAAAAAUACUUUGAAUGGGCCAUCAGCUAAGCUUGGGUAGCUUCAUGAAAUGAAUGCAAAAACGAAAGGAUAUAAUCUUGAAAGCUUCUCAAGAGUUUUCAUCUCAGUCUUGGUCCAUUCCUCACGGCACCGUUGUGGGCGUCCACCUCAUGAUUCCUGUGGUCAGCAGAGCUAGCCAAGUCCUCCAAAAUGUUCAGGUGAAAAGUUUGUGAAUACAAAUGUCUUUUGUGAAUAUUGAACGUCCGUUUCCAAGGGUAUAUUGCAUGAUGAUGAAGCUGCCGCUUUGCUGUUUUGUUUUUAAGUUUGGGUUUUUUGGUUUUCUUUUGAUUGUAGAAUAUAGUUUAUUGAAAAGGUAAUUGAGUGAUUUUUUUGUUGUGUGAAAAACCAAAUAUUGCAAUGUGAUGCAAUUUAAUCUUAAAUUAUAUAUUGUUAAACAGAUAUCUGAAUAUACUGUGCAGUGUAAACGCUGAACAUGGGUAUGGUACAUUUAGGUAUCUGCAGGAGAUGAAUUUUAUACAGACAAAAAGGCUCACUUAAAAUCCUGUGUACAGGUAUUUUAAACAAAUGAAAAUCAAAUUACAUGCACUAAUUUUUGAUGUGUAUGUAUGCUCCAGUUUGUACUGGGUGAGGUUUUCUCCCCACUAAAAUUAGCACCUCUUAGUCCCUGAGUGUAAAGCAUCCAACAUUUCUUUUUUACAGUAAAAAAAACAUACUGGGGAUCCUGCGUUUCACCAAAAUGGUAGCAAAACCAGAACAAAUGGAGAGGCUUGAAUCUCUAUGUAUAGUGAUUCUUGAUUCUGAAUAAUAAAAACUGGUUUUGUACAAAUAUGAUGAGAAAUCAGAUCAGAGGGGUAAGUUAUGUUACAGUAUAGAAUAUUGUAACACAGAAUAGAAUAUGUAAUUUUCCCUUUCCUGAUAGUUUUCAGAACUUACCAGUAUUGCAAGACAGCUAAACCAGUAAGUGCUAAUAUUUUACAAUUCUGCUGAUAGCUGCAGUAUGCAAUUAUCCUCUUUUCAUGAUACUACCCAGUUAAAAUGAAAAAUGCUAAUAACUAAAUGCUGACAAAUGACCAGUUAUGAGUACAAACUCUUAAUGGAAAUUAAUGGGCAUUCUUUAACACAUAGCAACAAUUUUGGAAAAAAAUCAGCUUUAAUUGGUCAUAUUGUUUUAAAUUUGAGUAUCUUCUUUUACUCGUGCCCUGCACUGAAUUGUUUUUGAGUACCCUUGGUUCCAUCUUUGCUUUUAAAAUAAGAGAUAGUAGAGGUGUGGAAAGCUGGGCAAAGUUCUUGGUUUGAUAAUGCAUGCAGUCGAAAGUAAGAAAACAAAUGGAAAUGAUUCUGCUUAAUUCUGUAGGAAAAGGAAAUUAUUUCAAAAUGGUGGAUGAAAGAUCAUGAAAGAGAAGGCCCCGUCUGCUGCCAUUGCUGUUGUUGCCUUUAGCCAAUCAUAAAGUCAGGGCAUUUCCUUAUACUCAACAAAUAUUUUUAUGAUGGUGGUAUUCAGGAGGUAGUGAAAUGGGUUUAAGUGUUUAAGAUUGCUUAAAUUUUGUGUUUUCAUUUAUGUCUUAGG